UCAAUGUCAUCCUGGUGGGGUUCUAAUGCUUUUGAUGACCUUGUUGAGAAUGCAACCUCUGAGCUGCUUCCAACCGGUCAAGAUAAUCUUGUUCUCUAUCUUGAUAUCAGCGACCAGAUACGAAGCAAACGUGUGAAUGCUAGAGAUGCAAUGCGAACAUUAAAGCGUAGAUUGAACCACAAGAAUCCUAAUGUCGUCUUGAUGACAAUUAAUCUUACAGACACCUGUGUCAAAAACGGGGGUGAUCCAUUUGUGCGUGAAAUUGCAAGCAGAGAAUACAUGGAUGAAAUUACUCGUCUUCUUAGAUCUCCAGCUAUCUGUAAUUUGGACGUCAAGAAAAGGAUCUUGACUGCCAUACAAACAUGGGGUUUGGCAGCAAAGGCCAAACCAAGCUUAUCGUACAUGACAGACACAUAUAGUCUAUUAAGAGCAGAAGGUUACGUUUUUCCACCUGUUACUGAGCCCAUUGAUUCUAUUAUGCUGGAGACAUCUGCGGUAUAUACACUUAUAGAAAUAUACAUUUAUGCAGUGUGUAAAUAA